AUACCACCGCACCCCCUCUACUCCAUUCACCCCUUAUUUCUCUUCUCUCCAACAAUUUUAUUUACCCAAAAUAAUAAAAACAUUUUAUAAGAGAGAUUAUUCUUUUAUAAAACUUGCUAAUUAAAUUUUAAAAAAAUGGAGGGAAAAAUUGAGAUUGAGCAAUCUAGGUUUAGGAGAAUUUGUGUAUUUUGUGGGAGUAGUCAAGGCAAGAAGACUAGCUACCAAGAAGCUGCCACUGACCUUGGCAAAGAAUUGGUAUCAAGGAACAUUGACUUGGUGUAUGGAGGAGGAAGCAUAGGUUUAAUGGGACUUGUUUCUCAAGCUGUUCAUAGUGGAGGUCGGCAUGUUAUGGGAGUGAUUCCCAAGACGCUCAUGCCUCGAGAGAUAACUGGUGAAACUGUAGGGGAAGUGAAGGCUGUGGCAGAUAUGCAUCAAAGAAAAGCAGAGAUGGCUCGCCAUUCUGAUGCUUUCAUUGCACUACCAGGUGGUUAUGGAACUCUAGAAGAACUACUAGAGGUGAUAACUUGGGCUCAACUAGGAAUUCAUGACAAACCGGUGGGAUUGCUGAAUGUGGAUGGAUACUACAAUUCACUUCUCACAUUCAUUGAUCAAGCUGUGGAAGAAGGGUUCAUCAGUCCUAAUGCACGCCAUAUAAUUGUAUCUGCUCCCACAGCUCAAGAGUUAGUCAAGAAAUUGGAGGAAUACAUUCCAUGCCACGAAAGAGUUGCAUCGAAAAUGUGUUGGGAGGUGGAGCAGUUAGACUACACACAACAACGCGAUCUAUCUAGAUGAUGAUAAUGGAUAAUAUAUAGUUUCGAGUUUUCAAGUGUAGUGUUCUAGAAUCUAGACAAGACUGAUGGGUACGUAGUGUACUGGUUGACUCAGAGGAAGAGGACUAAUUUCCAUAGACUCUAAAUAUCUCUAGCUUGCAGGAGAUUCUUCUUUUGUAAAUUAUCACUGCAGAGUGCAGACUAUUUUAGAUUUCUAAGCUUAAUCAACAUCAACAUCAACAUCUUUGGAUUUUCGAUUUCUUCUUUAAAUUGUAACUACAAAUAUUUACUCCCCCUCUAAUUUUGCUAUAUUAUGUUAACUGUAUAAUUCUAUUUCUCUAUUACAAUUUCAAAUUUAGCACAUUAUU